CCUUGUAAAGAUGAAGGUUGAGACUCUGGCCUCCAAACUUGAUAAACUUUCGCCUUUCCGGAAUUACCCUUUUUAUUCUCCUUGGUGGAACAAAUUCUGGGCUCGUGUGUGCCUUUGAUUCUCCUCAGUAUUCCUCAACUGACGGUUCUAAUCAAGGUUUUCUGAGAUGGAGAAGGACAAGGAUGGAGAGGGAAGUUGGGGAAGUCCAGACACAAGGCCUUCCUUCUACCAAAUCAUGUGGUUUGAAAAUCUGAAAGAGUUGCAAAUUCCAACCAAGUUUUUCGAUGAACACUUGGCAACCGAGGAAAAUGAAACGGUGGCCCUGAGGAGUCCCUGUGGGAGUUGGGAUACGAAGCUGGAGCAGAGAGACGCUGGCGUCUAUCUCAUCCAAGGAUGGCCACAUUUCGUCGAAAGUCACGACUUAGGAAGAGCAGAGUGGGCACACUUCCUAUACAAUGGUGGGAUGUCUUUUGAUGUGAAGAUCUAUGGCAGCAAUGGCUGGCUCAAGAGAUAUGAUCAGCCAGCUGCCUCCGCGCCUCCUUUCGCCUCAUCUUUCCCUUUCUUCAGGCGCGAGAUUAAAGGCUACAAUGUUGGCCACAAAUGCACAAUGGUGAUUCCAAACCAUUUUUCGAGAAGGCAUCUGUCUUUGUCCAAGGAGCCAAUGGUGCUGGUGGACUCUGAUGGGGUUUCUUGGCCAGUCACUAUUACUGUCACGAGCGGCAAUCGUCUUGCUAUGAGUGGAGGAUGGAAGGCCCUCGCAGAUGCUCAUUCCAUCAAGAAAGGUGACGUCUGCAUUUUCGAGCUGGUUGAGAACAGAGUGAUGCAAUUCCACAUUCUCAGAUGAAAGAAUGUAAUUAGCAUCUUUUGAAAUUUCCAUGGAACUGAUCAUGUGAUCUUAUUUAACCUUAGUUUGCAUUAUGUGAUACAGUUUUUCCUUGCUUUGAACAUAUUAUUUGCUGGGUUUUAUUUCAAGAUCAAUAAGAUAGUUAGUUGCAGUAAAA